GUUCUGUAUUCUCUCCACGGGGUCACCUGGCCCCGUUCUGUCUUAGAAUGCUGCGCUGUGGCAUCUAUCUGGUUUCUCAGAAGAUAAGCAUUCUUAAUGUCUGUGCAACGCUGCUGAAGCUCCCGGAGAGUCAGGAGCACGUGACAAAGGAGCGCUAACAGGGCGGCCUUGGCGACAAAAGACCCAUGAAUGUGUGCACAGGGUUGCUUCUGAGUCAUUCGCCCUGGCAGGUCGCUGACUCGGGUUCUGGGUCUUGUUUAUGGCUCUACAUCAGAAAGAAACUUGGAGACAUUCAACAAAGAACUUCAAGAGAAAAGAAAAAAAGAGUCAAGGGUUGGAAAUGAUGGUUACAAUAAGAAGAGGUUAGAGGACUUCUCUUUAGCCUGGAAGGGAGGAAACCGCCUGAGGGACUCUUUUCGUCCAGAUACACUUGUGCUUGUGCAUCGAUCCAAAGGUCGUGAAGAACAGCUGGCACCGCUGCCCUUGGGAAUGUAAAGGUUCAGGAAGAAAGAUCACAGCUUUCCCAGGCUGGGAGAAAAAAUAUGGAAUGUGCUGUACCACUGACUGAACACAACCUAAUGAACUGUACUGACUGUAGUUCCAAAACCAGCAGCUAACAGUUUCUUCAGACUUCAGCAUUGUCCAGCACUUUCCAGACCAGACUCGCUGUUUGCAAGAACUCUUGGCCUCCCUAAGUUAGCAACCUCAGACUUUGUUUAUUUAAAAUAUUUCUGCACAAGAAAAGUCCCCCAGAGCCCAUUCUCCAAAAUGGCCAUGGAUGGGUAUCUGUGGAUGGUCAUUUUGGGUUUUAUUAUUGCUUUCAUCCUGGCCUUUUCAGUUGGUGCCAAUGACGUUGCCAACUCCUUCGGAACCGCAGUGGGCUCUGGCGUGGUAACCCUGAGACAGGCAUGCAUUCUGGCUUCGAUAUUUGAAACCACUGGCUCUGUGCUCCUGGGAGCGAAAGUAGGGGAGACUAUCCGGAAGGGCAUCAUCGACGUGAACCUCUACAAUGACACCGUGGAGACCCUCAUGGCUGGGGAAGUGAGUGCAAUGGUUGGUUCAGCUGUUUGGCAGUUGAUUGCAUCCUUCCUGAGACUUCCAAUCUCAGGAACUCACUGCAUAGUCGGCUCAACCAUAGGGUUCUCCCUUGUGGCAAUCGGUACCAAAGGAGUGCAGUGGAUGGAGCUUGUCAAGAUUGUGGCUUCCUGGUUUAUAUCACCGCUUCUUUCCGGCUUCAUGUCUGGUGUGCUCUUCGUGCUCAUCCGGAUGUUCAUCCUAACCAAGGAGGACCCUGUUCCAAACGGUCUCCAGGCGCUUCCUCUGUUCUAUGCUGCUACUAUAGCAAUAAAUGUCUUUUCCAUCAUGUACACAGGAGCACCAGUGCUGGGGCUGACGCUUCCCAUAUGGGCCAUAGCUCUCAUUUCCUUUGGCGUCGCUCUGCUGUUCGCCUUCUUCGUGUGGCUCUUCGUGUGUCCGUGGAUGAAGAGGAAGAUAGCCGGCAAAUUAGAAAAGACAAGCGCCUUAUCGCGAACUUCUGAUGAAAGUCUCAGUAAAGCCCAGGAGGUGGAGUCCCCCUUUAAAGAGCUCCCUGGUGCCAAAGCCAGCGAUGACAGUGCUGUCCCCCUCACCAGCCCGGCUGGGGAGGCUGUGGGACCCUCCGAAGGCACAUCAACAGGGAACCACCCCCGGACAGCCUAUGGACGGGCACUUUCCAUGACUCACGGCUCUGCAAAGUCACCCAUCUCCAACGGCACGUUUGGCUUUGAAGGCCACAUGAGGAAUGACGGUCAUGUUUAUCACACUGUACAUAAAGACUCGGGGCUCUACAAAGACUUGCUGCACAAAAUCCACGUAGACAGAGGCCCCGAGGAGAAGCCCGCUCAGGAAAACAACUACAGGCUGCUUCGGCGGAACAACAGCUACACCUGCUACACCGCGGCCAUCUGCGGCAUGCCGGUGCAUACCACCUUCAGAGCCCCGGAAGCCUCCUCCGCCCCCGAGGACAGCGAGAAGCUGGUGGGUGACACGGUGGCCUAUUCCAAGAAGCGGCUUCGCUAUGACAGCUACUCCAGCUACUGCAAUGCGGUCGCCGAGGCCGAGAUCGAGGCUGAGGAGGGGGGCGUAGAAAUGAGGCUGGCCUCGGAGCUGGCGGAUCCCGACCAGCCUCACGAGGACCCCACGGAGGAAGAGAAGGAGGAGAAGGACACGGCAGAGGUCCACCUGCUCUUCCACUUCCUGCAAGUCCUCACUGCCUGCUUUGGGUCCUUUGCUCACGGUGGCAAUGAUGUGAGCAAUGCAAUUGGUCCCCUUGUGGCUUUGUGGCUGAUCUAUGAGCAAGGUGGAGUUAUGCAAGAAGCUGCUACCCCAGUCUGGCUGCUGUUUUAUGGAGGAGUCGGGAUUUGCACAGGUCUCUGGGUUUGGGGGAGAAGAGUGAUCCAGACCAUGGGAAAGGACCUCACUCCCAUCACACCAUCCAGUGGCUUCACUAUUGAGCUGGCCUCUGCCUUCACCGUGGUGAUUGCCUCCAACAUCGGGCUUCCCGUCAGCACCACACAUUGCAAGGGGUGUCCUGGUGAAUGUGUGCUGGCAGGUGAUCCUAAGACCCACGUGGUGCCAUGGUGUGUGCACACCCACAUACAUGUAACGUGGGCUCCGUGGUGGCCGUGGGCUGGAUACGCUCGAGGAAGGCUGUGGACUGGCACCUCUUCCGGAACAUCUUUGUGGCCUGGUUCGUGACUGUCCCCGUGGCUGGACUAUUCAGUGCUGCUAUCAUGGCUAUCUUCAUGUAUGGGAUCCUCCUGUCAUAGGCGUGGUCUGUAAACGGCUCUAGGGAUAGUCUACCAUGGGCCUCCGUAGCCACACCUCUUCCCGCUCCUCCUCCACACCUGCACCCCCCACACACACCUUCCAGAUGGCGUCAUCGUGCCACACACUGCUUACCCAGGCCACAGACGUUCAUCCUCCAGAGUUAGCCUAACUCCUGUACAUAGUAGUAUGUAUCAGACUGAUAUUGUGAUGACGUAAUGUGGUACAGUUACUUAUAUUAAAUAUACAUCGUGUACCUAGGAUAUCUAGCAUCGAUUUCAAACAAGCUCAGAAUGAAAGCGGAAGAGAAUUGCCUUGAGUGCAAUACUCUGUUAACUGUACAUAAUGAUUUCAGCGGGGGCAAGUGUUAAAAACUUUUGAAAGUGUAGGUUAUAAAAAUCCUUUUUUAAAAAAUACUGUAAUAUAAGUGAGAUACAGUAUACUUAAUACAAACUUGGGCAAGUUCUCAGGCCCUUGUGUGAUUGCAUCAUGCUGGGACAGGUGUUCACAAGUGCUUUCUCUGAAGAAUGUGUUCAGAAGCUGUGUAUGAGUUACUGUGUAAUGUAUCACUAUAGCUUUUGUAAAUACUUCAACUGUAAUUUUAAUGGUCUGCUUCCCUUACACUUUACUGAUUGGAGAAUUUUGGAAAGUACCAAAGAAACAGGGGAUAAAUCGCCAGUAUUAUAUCUUCAUGUUGUUUGUUUCCUUCCCACUGGCCACUGCAGGGGGCCUGGUCCAGGAGCAGGCAAGCUCCUAGCCAGGGCAGCGAGUGUGGCUGGAAGCACCAGCCGCCCACCAGCAGAAGCCACACCGCUGCCAUACCAGGUCCUGGUGAGCUUGUCCAGUGGCCUUUCACUGUCACCAGCGUGGACAACACACAGCAAUGGGGUGUACGAUUAAACACUACAUACAUAUCAAGUCCAAUCCCAGUGUCCCUCCCUGUUUCGCCCUGCAGCCUGAAAUGCAGAGUUCUUGUCGUGAACAGUAAAGCCAGCGAGGCUUUUGAUGUGCCGGAUGCUGUAAAUCUCAGGGCUGAGCGGGGAAUAUUAGAAAGGACACUGGGCUUGGGGAUCCAUGAGGCCUUUUUAUGUAGAGCAUCUGAGGUCGUCCUGUAGAGCCACUGUUGUCUUCUGACAGUGAGAGACAGUAUGACUAAAAUGUUAAGAGCCUGAAACCAUGGAAAUGCUGCUAAUAUUUUUAUAUUGACAUACAUUUUCACGGUACUUCAUUGUAAUUUUUUCAUUAAUCAACCAUAUUAAAUUUAUAAUAAAAAAAAGUGCCCCUCAAAAGUUUA